GUCAAAGUCGACCAACUUCCCCCGGCUUCACAGCGAAAAAGCUUCACCCAAUCUCAUUCUUCCCUAAAAACAAUGGCCGAACCAAUUUCUCAGCGUAUAGUCCCCGGUGCGCCACCACCAGCACCCCCUUCGAAAAACCAGAUCAAGAAAAAGCGUAAAUCCGCGAAAGCAAAGGGGGGCUCCGAGGCCAAUGUCUCCCAGACACAAUCUCCCGCUGUCGCAACUGUUUCUAUCCCGGACUCUACCUCCGCUGCUCUUGUCGAGAAAGCACCUGCUGAAGAGGAUGUCAAGGAGGGAGCGGUCGCGGACGAAUUGGUCGCUCAUAGUUCGAACGGCUCUGUCGUACCUGCUCCCGAGAGUACUGGAGACGCCCCUGCUGCUGGCUCUGCAGCCUUGGGUAGCCCAGUGGUGGAGAUCAUCAGCAAGAGGCUGAAGGCUGCGACCAAGAAGAUUACGCGUAUGCAAAGUUACGCAUCAACAGAUCCCUCGAAACUGAACGAUGACCAGCGAAGAACUUUGAAGACUCUUCCCGGUCUUGAGGCUGUGGUUAAAGAGCUUACGGAACUCAAGAAGGCUGUUGAGCUUCACGAAGCUGAACUAGCCAGCGAACAGGCCCUGAAAGCUUUGGAGGCUGAGAAGGCAGACGCCUAUCGUGUCACAGAGGCUAUUGCGGAAGCUCAGAAAGCGAACCUCUUGCGCGCAUCCUCUAUUCUUAGUUUCCUCCGUCUUCACACCAUGCUUAGUGCUGGCCAUCCUGCAACCUCUGCCAUUUCCCUUGAAGCUUCCGAAGCUCCAAUCGUCUUCUCCGUGGGCGAACACUUGAAGGGUGAGGACAGCGAGGCGAAGGCGGAGAUUAUAUCUGGCCUAUUGAGCGGCAAUGGCGAAUUCCGUGGUCUACCAUAUGCCCGUAUUAUCGAGCUGUCCGACACGCUCCUCAAUGUGUCGGAAGAAAUUCCAGAAACCGUUGUUGAAAUCGAGCAACAGACUCUGCCUUCUGAGUCAGUGUCUGGGCAACCUGAUGCAUCUGUCGCUGGUGUGCUUCCCGCUACCUCCGGUGGAUUCCACUUCAUGCAGGAGAGCGAACUCGAGCAGCCAGCAGAGGAAAACCCCGAGUGGGUCAACGUUCCUAACGGCCAGCCAGAGGCACCACCUGCGCCUGUGGCUGAGGAUGAGGAGACCGUGGUCGAGAAGGUAGUGGUCAUCGAGAGCGAAGUUUAUGUUCCCGUCGAACAGAACGGCGCCCCUGAGCAGGCCGAUGCCUCUGGAGCUAUUGACUGGGCUGACGAGGACGAAGGUGGCCUUCCUUCAAUCGCUCACCUCCAUGCCAAGUUCGGAACAUCGUCUGGUGGUGCGACCCCAGACACAACACAACCUCCUUCUGGCGUCCCUGAACACGAGCACGAGCCAUCCACUCAUGUCCCUCUCCCUCCUUCACAAGAGAGACUUCCUCAGACACCCACGACCGGGCAAGAUGACGAUGGUUUCACGCAGUUCAAGGGAGGCCGUGGCCGUAGCUUCCGUGGAGGGUUCAGGGGACAGCGAGGGUCUGGUUUCCGCGGUGCUGAGUUCCAGAGGGGUGGCGAGAGAGGUGGUCGUGGAUUCCGUGGUGGAGACCGAGGUGGCUUCAGAGGUGGUCGGGGUGGCGCGGGCUCUAACGGAGAUUGGCGUGGCGGAGGUGGUCCUGAUGGCGAACACCGUGGUCGUGGUCGUGGAAGGGGGCGUGGAGGACCCCGCGGUGGUUUCUCAGAACACAGGGGCGCGGCCCCUGCCGCUACAACAGCAUGAUCCAUUUUGUGGAUAUGCUGCCCCCAAGUGUCAAAAAAGGCAUUCUGCCACGAAUUUCUCGUCUCUCCCUUCUUGGAACGCGGAUCUUAAUACUUGCGAAAUCUGCUUCUCGUCCAUUCCCUCGAUAUCUGGCUUUUAUCUCUUUUUAUUCUCAUACCGCUUCUUCUUGCAUUUGCUCUGCGCUCCAUUCUCACUUGAGCGUCGACAUGUGACCGUCCAUCUUUGUGGAAUGCUGUAGUUGUAUGUAUACAAACGCCGAGGUGGUUGCUGUUGUCAGGAGCUGUACAUAAGUGGGCUGUCAGUGGCUCUUUGAAGACGAGACUGCACGCUCGUCGCUGACUAUCGUUUAUUCAUACUUGUUUUUCUUGUCC